UAGGGAUGUUGAGGGGGCUGCAGCUGGAAGAGCGGCAAUCGAGGGGAGGGAAACUGGUGGCGUCUCCAUCUCGUGGGGUCUGGAGCAGUGACGCACCCGCGCCCCGUUGAUUGGAGCCCUUCCGGCCUUUCGCAAGUGACGGGCCUCCCAGUCGUAUAAAGCGUCCUCUGAGUUGAGUCCCCUCCGCAAAGAGGACCUAGAAGGGAUCGCGCCUCACCCGCUGAGAAGCCAUGACCGGCCGAGACCCGCUUUCUGACCGGCGGGCCAGGGGCAGGGCGCUGGUGCCUGUCGGGGUCCUUCAGGGCCGGCGACCCCGUGGCUUUGCCAUCACCGACCUGCUGGGCCUGGAGGUCGAGCUGCCCUCGCCCACUGUCCCCGGGCGGGGAUCUGGCUGCGAGGGCUCCGCGGACCCGCCUUGCCCCGGCCCGGGGCUCGGUAGCUCCUGCCUAGCACGUGGUGCCCUCCCACUGGGGCUGGGCCUCCUCUGCGGCUUCGGUGCUCAUUCGCCCGCUGCCACUCGGGCGUCUUGCCUGCUGCUAGCCGACGGGCAGUUCCUGCCGCCCGGGGGUCCGCCACCCGCCGCCCGGUUGCUUACUUGCAGCCCGCUGUCUCCGCUCCACCACGAAAAGCGCAGCGAAGGCGUCUCGGCGUCCGCUGAUGAGGACAGCCUGUCUGAAGACAGGAGAGACCUAAAGGUGCCCAGCGCAGCAGGCAAGAGGAAGAAGCGACGGCACAGGACAGUUUUCACUGCCCACCAGUUGGAAGAGCUGGAGAAAGCCUUCAGCGAGGCCCACUACCCCGAUAUAUAUGCCCGGGAAACACUGGCCAUGAAAACCAAGCUCCCUGAAGACCGAGUACAGGUCUGGUUUCAAAACCGAAGGGCCAAAUGGAGGAAGCGGGAGAAGUGCUGGGGUGGCAGCAGCGUGAUGGCCGAGUACGGCCUCUAUGGGGCCAUGGUGCGGCACUCCCUCCCACUGCCCGAGUCCAUCAUCAACUCUACCACGGGUGGCCUGGCAGGCUCCUGCAUGCCCUGGCUGCUGGGGAUGCAUAAAAAAUCCAUUGAGAUGACAAGUAAACCAGGAAGUGAAGAAAAGUUGACAGGACUCUGGGGCUCUGACCCUCCCCAAGGAGACUCCAGCCCAAGUCAGGUAGGGCCCCGGAGCAGCUUCGGCAAAGUGAGCCCAGAGUGUAACCUCGAGGAUGAGGUAAUGGACCUCUCCAGCUCUACCCGGCAAGAGACCAAGAAAGAGCCUGGAGUGGCCAGAGCAGGAGGGAGCUCGGACUCCACGGGCCUCGAGGGGUUCAGGCCUGGGGAGGCGGGAGCCUUGUGAGGCCCACAAGUUCCCCACAAAGGGCAGAAAUAGGCACGUUUGCUUCUGGCAUCCUUUCAAGAGACAAAAUUGUCCAAGACAAAUGCUCCCAGCUGGAUUUUCUUCUUGACAUGUCAGGAUAAAAUUGCUAUGCCACUUGCUUGUGAAGGACAAAUGAGCGAUUGAGGGAAAAUCCUAUCUCUUUCUAGAAUGGAAGCCAUUUCUUAAAGGGACUCCAAUCAGUUAAUUUGGUGUAAAAUUUUGAUUCUCUUUUGUAGCACUCGAGGAGGGAGGACUUAAAGUUCAAAAGCAUUUUUACUGGUGGGCAUCCUAAGAGUGAGUUCAGUACACAGUGUAGACUAAUAGGUUAGAUUUGAUGUCCUCAUUCUGAAUUUGGAAAUAUAAAACUAUUUAAUCUCUAGAAAAAUUAAGUGUCUACACAUAGUGAGGAAACCCUGGUGGAAUAGUGGUUAAGUGCUACGGCUGCUAACCAAAGGGUCAGCAGUUCGAAUCCACCAGGCGCUCCUUGGAAACUCUGUGGGGCAGUUCUACUCUGUCUUAUAGGGUCGCUAUGAGUCGGAAUCGACUCAGUGGCACUGGGUUCAGUUCGGGUUCGGUAUACAUAGUAAAGACUCCAAGUAGCCAUGAAUGAAUUAUAGUAUCUUUUAUGCUUUUCACCUUGAACUUGGUUUUGGGCAUUUCAAUUUUCUUGCUAUGCAAUAAUUUUGUAUUCUUCUGAGUGUCAUUUGACAGGUUAUGCAUAUGGAAACUCAUAAGCAAAGAAAGCCAUACUGCCCCCCUUUUGAAAAACAUGGGACCAUGUUUAAAUAGCUGUUGAACACCUAUAAAACACUGACCAGGCUUCUUGGUCUUUUUGUGUUUCUUUUUGAAAGUACUUUAGUGAUUUGGAUUUUAUGAAUGUUUCCUUUCCUAUAUUUCCUUUGCCACUUAUUUAUUAUUUAAAAAUAAAUGUUUUGUUGGUGCGCUUGCUUCUCAAGGCACAUCUCCGUCGUCCCUGGUUUCCUGACGUGGACUCUCUCCUUUUAUCCCUUUACAUUUUCAGUAUAAGAGCUUCUAAGGCAUUUUUGUCUUCAGGCCCCGAGCACUCCUCAUCAUGUGUUCCUUUGUUGGCUCCUUUGCUGGACUGAAAGCUCCUGUGGGAUGGGGGCUAUGUCUAAUUCAUCAUUUGGAGUUCAGAAUUCAGAGAGAGAUUACAUGUAAUCGAGGGGGAAAUGCAGGGCUUCACGAAGAAGGUGGAGCAGGUGGAGAGAAACUGCGAGAACUUUCUAGGCUGUUCUCUGUAAAUCAUCAUGGUAAUCCUCCAGGCAGGGCUCAGUGCUCCCAUCUCUUCAGGUGAGAAAACUGAGGCUCCAUUCUCUUCCUUUAGCCUACUUUUCUUAGCCCUGGUGACACAGUGGUUAAGAGCUACAGCAUGGUACAGCUGCCAACCAAAAUGUUGGCAGUUCAAAUCUACUAGCCGCUCCUUGGAAACCCUAUGGUGCAGUUCUACUCUGUCUAUAGGGUCUCUAUGAUUUGGGAUCAACUUGAUGACAACAGGUUUAGUUAUUUUGGUUUAUACUAGUUCAACACUGUUGUGAAAAUUAAACAUCACUUCCUCCUUAAUGUAGAAGCAGGAAACAACGAGCUCUACUUUCUUUUAUUCACUUCUGGUUAGUAGAGAUCAUGGCUGAAGCCUGAGACUGAACCACUAAUGAGUGGCUAGUUGUUGGCAAAGUACUCUGGAAGGCCAGGUUCUGAACUCUGCACAACACUUGUUACACUCAUUUUCUGCCCCUAAUGGCUUCUCACUGGUUGUUUUAUGUUUGCUCCUUAGUUUACUCAGCAUUGAGCUUGGGGAAGUUUGUGAGUUUGUGCAACUUAUAUACAUUAUGCUCAUGAAAUGAAUGACUAUUAAAAGUUAUAAUAAUAAGGUAUAUUUAUUUAUUUGGAAAAAUGUUCCUGAAGUGUUGCUGGGUUUAAAGUUUCCAAAAAAAAAAUGAAAUAAUAAAAAAAGAUAUAAGCAGAAAUAUACAUGUAAAGCAGAAUAAAUGUGAAAUAAACAGCCUUAACAACUGGUUCUACAAAAAAUAUACAAAUAAUGGGCAAACUUCUACACAACUUGUGAAGAAAAAGGAGAAAAUAGGAAGAGGCAAAAGAGAAAGGGAUUAGAACCACUCAUAUAGGCUAUUUUCAAUACUAUAAGCUAUUCACAACUUAAAUGCAUAUUAAUGUAUUUAAAAAAUCUCCCACAAAUGAAUAAACUUUCUGGAAAAAUACAUAUUACUAAUAUUGACUCCAGAAUAAACAUGAAAUAUGAAAGAUCAAGAACCAAGAAAGUCACAAUACAAUUAUGCUAUGAAAUGGUUCUGGGUCUAGAUGGAGUUAUGUGUGAAUUUUCGGAAGUUUUUAAGGAAGAGGUAAUCUGUAUGGUACAUAAGCUGUUCUUGGACAGAGAAAACAAUGAAAUGCUUCCUAACCCUAGCAUAAUCCUGGUUCCAAAACCCAGCAAAGACAGUGUGCUCAUGCAUGUGUGCGCACACACACAUAUAUCCACAUAAAACCCAAAAUGCUCAAUUUGGCUUCAUUAAUGUAGAUGUGAAAUUCCUAACAAACUGCCAUUGUUUAGAAUUUAACACUAUACCAAAAAUUACUUUGACUACAGAAGGUCUACCCCAGGAAUGCAAAGUUAAUUUAAUAUUGUGAAAAAAGUUAUUUAUACAUUUUAUUAACAGCUCAAACAAAAAAUUAGGCUUAUCUUAACAUGUGUUGAAAAGCAUUCAAUAAACAAGUACCAUUUCUUAACAAAAUACUUUUAGAAAGUUGGAAUAAAAGGAUGCUUCCUAAAUGGAAAAGAGAGAAUUUACACCAAAAUAACAAUAAGUCUCUCAAUAUUUCAUAAUGUUAUGUAUUUAUUUGUGUGUAUCUAUCUAUCUACCUACCUACCUACCUAUCUAUCAUCUAUCUAUCUAU